CAUUUUUCAGUGUUUGGACUUAUUCAUUUCAUGAAGCCCUAAUCCGAUUAACAUUGGGUUCUUUUCCCUCUUCCUCUCCCUGCAAGUAAAAAUCCCUUUAUUUCUAAAGCUACAACAAACAAUUACUCUAUUUCAAUCCAAAUAACAAAGCAACUAUCAUUCUUGGAAAACCUAAUUUUUCCAACAAAUCGCUCGCUAAUCCUUGCUGUUCUUCUCUCCCUCGAUUUCUCUACUUUUCUCUAAUAUCCUGUUUGGCUUAUGUAGAACUUAUUUGGACUUAUCUACUAAUAUAAGUGCUUAUCGACCAAUUUCACAAGCGCUUAUUACCUCUCAUAAACUCCUCUACCAAACCCUCACUCGUUCCAUCCUCAUUCCCUUUGUCCUCUUUGCUCUGCAACACAGAUACUUGCUUGCGUCUGAUGGAAAGGAAUCAGCCGGUUUUUGUCAAAGAUGCUGUUCUGAAAUUGCAGUUGUCCCUCCUUGACGGCAUUCAAAGUGAAGACCAGCUGUUUGCAGCCGGAUCUUUGAUAUCAAGAAGUGACUAUGAAGAUGUUGUAACUGAAAGGUCCAUUACUAAUGUGUGCGGUUAUCCUUUGUGCCACAAUGCUUUGCCAACUGAACGCCCUCGCAAGGGUAGAUAUCGAAUUUCAUUGAAGGAGCACAAGGUGUAUGACCUGCACGAAACUUACAUGUUUUGUUCUUCUAGUUGUAUGGUUAACAGCAAAGCUUUUGCUGGGGGCUUGCAAGAUAAGAGGUGCUCAGUUUUAGACCCGGAGAAACUGAACAAUGUUCUUAGGUUGUUUGGGAAUUUAGAUAUGGAACCAAUGGAAAAUUUUGGAAAGGAUGGACAAUUAGGUUUUUCUAGAUUGGAAAUCCAGGAUAAAACAGAAACUGGCUCUGGGGAGGUAUCUUUGGAGCAGUGGAUUGGACCAUCUAGUGCCAUUGAGGGUUAUGUACCAAAAAAAAGAGACAACAGUUCUAAGGGUUCUCAAAAAAAUAGUAAAAAAGGGUCCAAAACUAAUCGUGGGAAGUCGAGUGGUGACAAAAGUUCAUUUAUCAGUGAGUUUGACUUCUCGAGUACAAUAAUCAUGCAAGAUGAGUAUACUGUUUCAAAAUUAUCAUCAGAGCAAACAGACACAACUUGUGAUGAACACAUAAAUUCAACAGCCAUAUUGGAGCAGCAAAAAAGGGUUGGUAGUAAAGUAGUCAGGAAAGGUGAUGAUAUACAAGACCUGUCUUCAUCCUUUAAGAGUAGUCUUAUUUUAAGUCCCUCAAAAAACAAAAAGAAAUUAGCCAAAUCAUCUGAAGAUGUUCUCAAACCCUCUCUCGAUCCUUCUGUUGAAAAGAAAAUUGUCCAUUCCAUCUCCAUAUCAGAAAGCCAAUGUGAUGUAGAACAGAAUGAUUCUGAAAGGAAAUCAAUAAAACUCAAAGGAGAAACAAGUAUAGUUGCUGCUAACGGCGAUGCUUCCACUUCCAAUUCAGUUCCUGCCAAUGCUGAAGGGAAAAUCCGAAGUGAAAAAACAAUUGGAUCUUCCCCGACUAAACCCAAAUCUUCUCUUAAAUCUGAUGGUAAAAAAAAGCUCAGUCGCUCUGUUACAUGGGCUGAUGAGAAAACCAACAGUUCCGGGAGUAAAGAUCUCUGUGUAGUUAAAGAAUUUGGAAACAUUAAAAAGAAUUCUGACGUGCCAGAUAAUAUAGAUGCUGCUGCGGAUGGAGAUAUGUUACGUUCCGCAUUAGCAGAAGCUUGUGCAAUCGCAUUGACCCAAGCAUCAGAAGCAGUUGCAUCAGGAGACGCAGACGCCAAUGAUGCUGUUUCUGAAGCUGGAAUCAUUAUAUUGCCACAUCCUCCCAAUGCUGUUGAAGAAGGUACCAUGGACGAUGAUGAUAUUCUAGUUGAGGAAGGUACUAUGGAAGAUUAUGACAUUCUAGUUGAGGAAGGUACUAUGGACGAUGAUGAGAUUCUAGAAGAAAAUUCAGUUACUCUGAAGUGGCCAAGGAAACCUGGAAUUUCCGAAUUUGAUUUGUUUGAUUCUGAAGACUCAUGGUUUGAUGCUCCACCAGAAGGUUUUAGUUUGACUUUGUCACCUUUUGCUACUAUGUGGAAUAUCUUCUUUUCGUGGAUAACAUCAUCUUCUUUGGCAUAUAUAUAUGGGAGGGAUGUAAGUUUUCACGAAGAGUAUCUAUCAGUUAAUGGGAGAGAAUAUCCUAGCAAAAUUGUCUUGACAGAUGGUCGAUCAUCUGAAAUAAAGGAAACAUUAGCCCGUUGUCUUGCGCGAGCUUUACCUGUAGUUGCUGCUGAGCUCAGGCUGCCAAUACCAAUAUCUACAUUAGAACAAGCGGUGGUAUUAUUGCUGGAUACAAUGUCGUUUGUGGACGCACUACCAGCAUUCAGAAUGAAGCAAUGGCAAGUGGUUGUUCUCUUGCUCAUUGAUGCACUGUCCAUUUGUAGAAUACCUACUCUUAUUGCAUACAUGACGGAUAGGAGGGACUUGUUUCCCAAGGUUCUGAAUGGUUCACAAAUAGGUAAGGAAGAGUAUGACGUUUUGAAGGAUCUCAUCGUACCACUUGGUCGAGCACCUCAUUUCUCUUCUCAAAGUGGAGCGUGACAGCAUAGAACUUCCAUCAUAAUUUGCCAAAAGCUUGAACUUAAUCACAUAUAUCUUUUGAUCAUGAUCACAGUGUUUACCUUUUUCUCUUUAAGAAAUUAUACCUUCCAAGCAUUACAGUGUUGCGUUCAUAGACUAAAAGAUUGUUAAAAUAGAGUUGUAACUAAAAAAUCAUAUGACAUUUGAAAAUGUUGAUAUCCAAUUUCAAAUGGACAAUAUUCCGAAUGGUUUCUAUAA